AUGGCGUCUUGGGAACCAGAGAAGACGGAUCUCACUGGUUGGCGUCUCGUCGUAGGAGAAGACUCUCACGGUCAGCAGAAGUGGGUUUACUUACCUCCCGGCCAAGCUAGGGAUGAGUGGAAGCAGACUAAGGAAGCAAAGUAUUGGCUUGGUCUAGAUAUUGGUGCUCCUGAACUUCCGCAACCUCAAUCUCCACUUGAUGCAGCUAGGAAUGGCUUCAAGUUCUACAAACAACUUCAGAGCCAUGAUGGACACUUUUCCACAGAGUAUGGUGGUCCGCUAUUCCUCACCCCAGGUCUAGUCAUCGCCAUGUCCGUAACGAAACACUCUUUUACACAUGAACAAAAGGUCGAACUUCGUCGUUAUCUCUUCUCCAAGAGACGACCGGAAGGUGGAUGGGGUCUACAUACAGCAGCCCCACCUACGGUAUACGGAACAGUUAUGAACUACGUCGCGUUGCGCAUGCUCGGUAUGGGACCCGACGAAGGACCCAUGGUAGAGAUCAGAGGUCUGAUUCAUAAAAUGGGAGGUGCUACUUGUAUACCCACUUGGGGGAAGAUAUGGUUAUCCGUUCUUGGAGCUUACGACUGGGAAGGUGUUUCACCUGUUCCUCCAGAAUUAUGGUUAUUACCUGACUGGGUACCAUUUGCUCCAUGGCGUUGGUGGAUCCACGUCCGACAAACUUUCACUCCUAUGUCGUACCUCUACGGAACUCGUUUUGUCGGUGCCAUGACACCUAUGGUUCUCGCCCUUCGUCAAGAAAUUUACACUCAGCCAUACGAAAGUAUCGAUUGGCCUUCACAACGUCACAAUGUCAGUCCUAUAGAUAUUUAUUCCCCCGUUCACCCAAUCUUAUCAUCCUUACAUUCCGUUCUUGGCAUAUACGAAAAAUUACCAAAUGUUCCCCUCUUAUCAUCGACUGUUCCCCUACGUCAGAUUGCCAACGAUCGUGCAUACCAAUUACUCUCGUACGAGGACGAAAACACAGGAUAUCAAACCCUAGGUCCCGUGUCCAAGGCUUUCAAUAUGGUAUGUCGAUUUGCGCGAGAGGGUAAUGAAUCAGAAGCUAUGAAAAGGCAUUUGUCAAGAGUAGGAGACUUUUUAUGGCUGAGUCAAGAUGGGAUGAUGAUGAUGGGUACCAACGGAAGUCAGUUGUGGGAUUUAGCAUUCAUGGCUCAAGCUGCUGUUGAAACGGGAUUAGCAGACGAGGAGGAUAAUAAGACGAGUGUAUUGGGAAUGCUUGAUUGGUUAGAUAGAGCGCAAUUGCAACAUGAUCCUAAAUGGAUGAAAGAAGGAUAUAGACAUCGUUCCAAAGGUGCUUGGGCGUUCUCCACUCCAGAGCAGAGUUACACGGUCAGCGACUGUACUGCCGAAGGACUGAAAGCUGUCAUGUGUCUACAGGGAUUAGACUAUACUCCUAAACCUGUCACAUUGGAAAGAAUGAGAGAUAGUAUCGACACUUUACUCAGCUUACAAAACUCCAAUGGUGGUUAUGCGAGUUAUGAGCUCAUGCGUGGAAGUCCGAAACUUGAAUGGCUUAAUGCAGCAGAGGUUUUUGGAAACAUCAUGGUCGAUUACCUUUACCCGGAAUGCACCACCUCUGCGCUGUCUGCUCUGAAAUACUUUUCCAAACUUGAUCCUUCAUACCGAGCACGCGAGGUGGAACAGACCGUCAAGAAGGCUAUCCAGUACAUCCACAGCGUUCAACGUGAAGAUGGGUCAUGGUAUGGUUCAUGGGGAAUUUGUUUCACAUAUGCUACCAUGUUCGCUCUGGAAUCACUCGCAAUAGCAGGGGAGACAUACGAUAAUUCCGAGCGAGUCAAGAGAGCUUGUUCGUUCCUUAUUGGGAAACAAAUGGAGGAUGGAGGAUGGGGAGAGACUUAUAUGUCAUGCGUGACGGAAAAGUACUCACAACAUGAUCAAUCUCAAGUGGUUCAAACUGCCUGGGCAAUUCUAGCCCUCAUUUACGCUCAAUACCCUGUCAAAGAUGUCAUCCGUAAGGCCGUCCAACUCAUCAUGAGUCGUCAGAAAGCGGAUGGACGUUGGGAACAAGAAGACACGGAAGGUAUCUUCAAUAAGAACUGUGCGAUUGAUUAUCCCGCUUUCAAAUUCGUAUUUUGCAUCUGGGCUCUUGGUCGCGCAGACAGGUAUUUGAGAGAAGAAUGA